AUUUACUUUCCUUGUGUGACGUUCAUUUUCAAGGGGCGGAAUAAUUUGCCGCUGACGUUUCAGAAAAAUGAACUCCAGUUUGUUGCCGAAUGCCUGUCAGUAUGAAAGUUGUCGUGGAAGGAUAAGGACAAGAUUCAGUCUGAAGAGAGUAAAGUAUCAACCUCAUUCAAGGCUCAAGAUACCACCAGUUACGUCGGAGAACAUAUCAACUGGCGGCAGAUUAUCAUUGAGGCUCCUGAUGGACGAUGAUGAAGACGACGUGUUCCAGCGUAUCCCGAUCUGUUGGAACACCCACUUCAGGGAGAUAAAGUACGAGGACAGGGGCACGCAGACACCCAGCCCCGCCCUGGGACAGGGCGACAACAUGCUGCCCUGCGGCGUGGCGCAGGAACCACGGAGACUCUUCUACGGUAACGCAGGCUUUCGAUUGCACUUCCCAGCGCGGUUUGAGCACGUUGGGGACCAAGAGCAGGAGGAGGAGGGACAGCGGGAGGCAGAGCGGUCGGCAGAACAGCCAGCACUGAGCGCUGAGGUUCGCAUCGGCCAGAAGCUCCAGAUGAUCGGAGACCAGUUCCACCAAGAACACCUCCAGCUGUACCACAGAAACCAAAGGAACCAGCAGCCAGCAUGGUGGCGCCUGGCAAUAGCUUUGUACACACUUGUGUUCGAAAGAGAGGGUAUUGCUCGACGACGGCGACCUGACCAGAGGUGAGAAAGCUGGGCUCCCCACCAGCUCCCACCCCCCCCC